AUGGCUCCGCCAUCGCGGUGGACACCUGCCUGGGGUAUUCUUGUCGUGUGGCAGCCAUCACAGAGGACGAGAGUCGAGUGUCAGUAUAAUGCCUUCUUCGGCUCAGAGCAUGAAGCGUCGAGACAAUGGAGUCCUCUCCCCAAUGUGGCCGAAGAGCGUCUAUCAGAGCCGACAAGAACGUGCUCUCCGCCUAUAGAGCGCUUGACACUCGAGCAAAGCAUUCAAAACUUCAGGAAACAAAGUGUAGAAUCCGUACGGGCGGGGCUUUCGCCCAUCACCGAGUCCAGCAGCGUCGCCUCUUCUAGGGACAGCAUCGCGCCUGGCCGUGCCCAGGCAAGCCCGUCACCGGAGCCUAUCCGUGUUCAGUUCCGUGCGUACUCGGACGGGAGGUUCCAUACAAUCAAGCAGGUUGACGCUGGCGACCCUACGGCUGUGCUGAAGGCGGGUCGUGAGUUGACAAACCAGAAAAUGAUGCUUCUAUCCGUCGAUCUAGGUUUUAUUAGCCCCGAGCAAUGUUUCGAGAACGCUCUGGUCUCCGAUCUGCACACAAUAUUCACGCUGCCGGCCAACGAUUUGAAGAUUACGCCUGAGUUGGAGAAAGCAGUGCAGCAGUUGAGAAUCGAUGCAACGCGAAGGCGUAGAUGA